AGGGAUCUGAGCUGUGCCGAACUGUUCUCGCAAUAUACUUGUGCUGCGGAGCCCGGGGUUUAUGUGACUGCUGGAGCCGCCCACAGGAGGAAUGGAGCGGGCAGGAACCGCUGCGGUGCUGCUCCUGGCGCUGACGGUCACUGCACAAGGUUUACGGUGUACGCAGCCGGGGGAAAUGUGCCUGAAUAACGGAAGAUGUCAGGCUGGCGGGACAGAGUGCAGAUGCCCAAGUCCAUAUAUUGGUGAGCGGUGCCAAUUCACCAAUCCCUGCAACAGUAAUCCAUGUUUAAAUGGUGGAUCAUGCCAAUAUGACAUCAGAGGGAACAGCGUUUAUUUCACCUGCAGCUGCCCGCUGGGGUACCAAGACUUGAGGUGUAUCACCCGGAAGGACAACGUGUGUCUCAGCAACCCAUGUCGUAAUGGUGGAACCUGCGACCUGACCACAGAUGAGUGGAGCUAUAAAUGCAGAUGUCCCCCAGGAUGGACAGGUGACACGUGCCAGAAAGCAGACCUGUGUGCCUCCAACCCAUGCGCCAGUGGUGGAAGCUGCGUCCCCUUCGAUUCCCAGUUCGUCUGUAAAUGUCCGGAAGGAUUUCAUGGAGAAACCUGCAAGUUGGAUAUUAACGAAUGCAAACGGAGACCCUGCAAGAACAGAGGAAUGUGCGUGAACAAGUAUGGAUCCUUUUACUGCAAGUGCAAGAGCAGAUUUACCGGGAACUACUGCGAAAUCCCCUACAUGCCCUGCAACCCGCCUCCAUGCCAAAACGGUGGAACCUGCCGUCAGACAGAUGACACCUCCUAUGAAUGCACAUGUCUGCCAGGAUUUUCUGGUCAAAACUGUGAGGAAAAUAUUGAUGACUGUCCGGGAAACCAGUGUAAGAAUGGAGGCACCUGUGUGGAUGGAGUGAACACCUACAACUGCCAGUGUUCUCCGGACUGGACAGGCCAGUACUGCACUGAAGAUGUUGAUGAGUGCCAGCUGAUGCCAAACGCCUGUCAGAAUGGAGGCACCUGCCGCAAUACCCACGGAGGGUACAACUGUGUCUGUGUCAACGGUUGGACCGGAGAGGACUGCAGCGAGAACAUUGAUGACUGUGCCAACGCUGCUUGUAACAAUGGAGCCACCUGCCAUGAUCGCGUGGCGUCCUUCUACUGCGAGUGUCCACAUGGCCGCACAGGUCUGCUUUGUCACCUGGAUGACGCUUGUAUUAGCAACCCCUGCAACGAAGGCUCCAACUGUAACACCAACCCAGUGAAUGGCAAGGCCAUCUGCACCUGCCCCUCCGGCUACACCGGGCCUGCCUGCAACCAUGAUGUGGACGAAUGUUCUCUUGGUGCCAACCCCUGUGAGCACGGCAGAAAAUGCAUCAACACCCAGGGCUCUUUCCAGUGCAACUGCCUCCCGGGCUACACAGGACCUCGCUGCCAGACUGACAUUAAUGAGUGUCUCUCCAACCCCUGUCAGAACGACGGCACUUGUCUGGAUCAGAUUGGAGGGUUCCGGUGUAUCUGUAUGCCAGGUUAUGAAGGGAAGUUCUGUGAAAUCAAUACAGACGAAUGUGCCAGCAGCCCCUGCCAACACAAUGGCCGAUGCAUCGAUAAAAUCAACGGGUUUCACUGCGAAUGCCCUACAGGCCAGUACUGCACUGAAGAUGUUGAUGAGUGCCAGCUGAUGCCAAACGCCUGUCAGAAUGGAGGCACCUGCCGCAAUACCCACGGAGGGUACAACUGUGUCUGUGUCAACGGCUGGACCGGAGAGGACUGCAGUGAGAACAUUGAUGACUGUGCCAACGCUGCUUGUAACAAUGGAGCCACCUGCCAUGAUCGCGUGGCGUCCUUCUAUUGCGAGUGUCCACAUGGCCGCACAGGUCUGCUUUGUCACCUGGAUGACGCUUGUAUUAGCAACCCCUGCAACGAAGGCUCCAACUGUGACACCAACCCAGUGAACGGCAAGGCCAUCUGCACCUGCCCCUCCGGCUACACCGGGCCUGCCUGCAACCAUGAUGUGGACGAAUGUUCUCUUGGUGCCAACCCAUGUGAGCAUGGCGGAAAAUGCAUCAACACCCAGGGCUCUUUCCAGUGCAACUGCCUCCCGGGCUACACAGGACCUCGCUGCCAGACUGACAUUAAUGAGUGUCUCUCCAACCCCUGUCAGAACGACGGCACUUGUCUGGACCAGAUUGGAGGGUUCCAGUGUAUCUGUAUGCCAGGUUAUGAAGGGAAGGUCUGUGAAAUCAAUACAGACGAAUGUGCCAGCAGCCCCUGCCAACACAAUGGCCGAUGCAUCGAUAAAAUCAACGAGUUUCACUGCGAAUGCCCUACAGGCCAGUACUGCACUGAAGAUGUUGAUGAGUGCCAGCUGAUGCCAAACGCCUGUCAGAAUGGAGGCACCUGCCGCAAUACCCACGGAGGGUACAACUGUGUUUGUGUCAACGGCUGGACCGGAGAGGACUGCAGUGAGAACAUUGAUGACUGUGCCAACGCUGCUUGUAACAAUGGAGCCACCUGCCAUGAUCGCGUGGCGUCCUUCUAUUGCGAGUGUCCACAUGGCCGCACAGGUCUGCUUUGUCACCUGGAUGACGCUUGUAUUAGCAACCCCUGCAACGAAGGCUCCAACUGUGACACCAACCCAGUGAACGGCAAGGCCAUCUGCACCUGCCCCUCCGGCUACACCGGGCCUGCCUGCAACCAUGAUGUGGACGAAUGUUCUCUUGGUGCCAACCCCUGUGAGCAUGGCGGAAAAUGCAUCAACACCCAGGGCUCUUUCCAGUGCAACUGCCUCCCGGGCUACACAGGACCUCGCUGCCAGACUGACAUUAAUGAGUGUCUGUCCAACCCCUGUCAGAACGAUGGCACUUGUCUGGACCAGAUUGGAAGGUUCCAGUGUAUCUGUAUGCCAGGUUAUGAAGGGAAGUUCUGCGAGAUCAAUACAGACUAAUGUGCCAGCAGCCCCUGCCAACACAAUGGCCGAUGCAUCGAUAAAAUCAACGAGUUUCACUGCGAAUGCCCUACAGGUGAGAAAACGGAUCGAUAGGACAGCGC